GUCCGGCGGCCCGGCAUGGCGGCUGCGAGGCAAGUGCUGUGUGUGUGGGCUUUGCUGGGCGUGGCGCGCGUUCGCUGCGAGCCCAUCCGCUACUCCGUGGCCGAGGAGGGCGAGAGCGGCUCUCCGGUGGGCGACGUGGCGGAGGACGCGGGGCUGGCCCCGGCGCAGCUCUCGGCUCGCCGGGCGCGCAUCGCCUCGCCGGCCGGCCGGCAGCACUUUCGCUUAGAGCGCGGCAGCGGCCGCCUCGUAGUCGCCGAGCGCCUCGAUCGGGAGGAGAUGUGCGGACGCUCCCGCACCUGCACGCUCGCCUUCGAGCUGCUGCUCGCCGACCCGCUGCAGUUCUUUGCCAUUGAGGUGUCCGUGGAGGACAUCAAUGACCACUCGCCGGUCUUCCCGGACGAACGGGUGACUUUAAAGAUCCCUGAGAGGGGCGACCCAGGCUCCCGUUUCCCAGUGGAGGCUGCUCAGGACCUGGACAUUGGCAGCAAUGACAUCCAGGCUUACAGCAUCGUUCCUGAGAACGAGUUCUUCACUGUCUCCUAUCAGAAUCAAAGUGAGAGCGAGAUGCAUGUCGACCUUGUUUUGCAAAAGCCUCUGGACAGAGAGGAGCAGCCAGAGAUGGAUUUCACUCUCGUUGCCACGGAUGGAAGUUAUCCACCGAGGAGUGGAACCACCCAAAUCCACAUCAUAGUUCUGGACGUAAACGACAAUGCUCCCAUCUUCACACAGAAGGUGUUCAGUGGGCAUGUUUUGGAAAAUGCUCCAAAAGGUUUUGUGGUUCUCAGAGUGAUGGCAAAUGAUGCUGAUGAUGGAAUAAAUGGUGACAUUACAUAUGAAUUUACACAACCAGGUGGACAGACGUAUUCAGAUUUUACAGUUGACCCCAGGAGUGGUGAAAUUCGAGUCACGAGAAGUCUGGAUUUUGAGACUGCGCAGAAAUAUGAAUUCAGUUUGAGGGCCGUGGAUGGAGGGGGCCUUUCAGCAAUGUGCAAGGUAGUGGUGGAGGUGAUGGAUGUGAAUGACAACGCACCAGAGAUCGUGGUCAGUUCCUUCAGCAGCCCGAUCCCUGAGAAUGCAGCACCCGGGACAGUGGUCGCACUCUUCUCUGUCACCGACAAGGAUUCCGGUGUGAAUGGGGAGAUCAGCUGUGCCCUGCAAGAACAGCUGUCCUUCUCCCUGCGGCCAGCCUUUAGGAACUACUACGAGCUGGUGACCGUGAGCGCGUUGGACCGGGAGCAAACGGCACGUUACACGGUGGUUGUCACGGCCGCAGAUGCAGGGUCUCCUCGUCUGAGCAGCAGCCACACGUUCACCGUGGACAUCUGGGACGUGAAUGACAACGCGCCCGUCUUCAACCAGACGUCGUACACCAUGUACGUGCACGAGAACAACGUCCCCGCGCUGCUGGUCGGGGCCGUGCAGGCAAGGGACGCGGACGCGGGAGCCAACGGCAAGGUGAGCUAUUCGCUGGUGGCGGCCGAUCCGCCCGAACGAGAGCCGUGCUCGUGCGUGUCCGUGAACUCCGAGAGCGGAGCCGUGUUCGUGCUGCGGCCGCUGGACUACGAGCAGCUGAGGCAGCUGGAGGUGGUGGUGAGCGCUGCGGACGCGGGGUCCCCUCCCCUGAGCAGCAGCGUCGUCGUCCGCCUGCUGGUGGUGGACGAGAACGACAACGCGCCGCUGGUGCUGCACCCCAGCGCGCAGGACGGCGGCCGUGCUUGGAGCGAGCCGGUGCCCGCGUGGGCCGAAGCGGGGGACCUGGUGAGCAAAGUGGUGGCCGUGGACGCCGACUCGGGGCAGAACUCGUGGCUUUCGUACGGGCUGCUGAGGGCCACGGAGCCGGGGCUGUUUGCCGUGGGCGCGCAAAGCGGGGAGGUGCGGCUGAGGAGGCCGCCGACGGAGAGGGACGCGGCGAAGCAGCAGCUGGUCGUGCUGGUGCGGGACAACGGGCGGCCGCCGCUGUCGGCCACCGCGGCGCUCAGCGUGCUCCUCCUGCACGGCUCCCGGGACGCCGAGCUGCCGCAGCAGAGCCCCGCCGCGCACGACGACGACGGCUCCCUCACCGCCUCCUUGAUCGUCGCCUUGGUCUUGGUCUCGCUCCUGUUCCUGGUGUCGGCGGCGGCCUUUGCGGCGUGCAAGGCGUGCAAGAGCAAGGAGCCGAGCAGCGGGCACGUGCUGUACGGCCCCAGCGGCGUGCAGAGCUGCGUGGCUGAUGGGGCCGCUGCCGGGACCCUGCCCCACGCCUAUUGCUACGAGCUCAGCCUCAGCACGGGCUCGGGCAACAGCGAGUUCCAGUUCCUCAAGCCCGUGCUGCCCAGCCUGCCGGCGCAGCGCUGCAGCACCGGGGUGGCCGGCGACGAUGCCGAGCAUUUCCCUGCUGCCCCUGUCCCCGUGGGGGAUGCUGAUGUCGAGAGCCCCGGCAUGCAGUCUGUGGGACAGUUUCACGGCUUUUAAUUACCACGGGGUCUGCAUUUCCAGCUGAUUCAUGCCUUGUUUAGUGUGGCUUAUAUGCUUUGAUAAUUAACUCCAGGUCUGCUUGUUUAGAUCUGCUUUUGUAGUUUACCUCCCAUUCCACAAGAACGUGAUUGUAAUUGGAAGCUGUGGAUAUUAACAAGGAAGCUGGGUGUGUGCUUUCUGAGUCUCCCCUAGAUUUCAGUCUCUCAGUCUUCUAGCUCUGGCCACAACAGAAAUUCCCUGUCUUUCAAGAGGUCCCCAGAAAUGUGUGUUUCUGCUGACAGCCCAUCUGCCAGCUGGAUGAGGACAGAGCCUGCAGGAUGUGAGGGCUGGAUUUGGU